AUGACUAUGAAUGCCAGUAUCAUUGAAACCCCUUUCGAAAAUGAUAUUUUUGAGAGACUACCAAGCAUGGCAUUUGACUUCACUUUGUUUUCCCCGUGGACCGAUCCUUCAGAUGGUCGACCCGUUCAAAUCCCCUUAUGCAUCGGUGCGCUAAUACUUUGCCUUAGAGAAAUUCAGGAGCAGGAACUGAAACAAGGUUAUAGCUUUCUAGAUGAUUUCAGCUGGUCAAAUCCUCAUAAUCCACCAAAUCUUCAAAGAGAUGUAGAAGAUCUGAAGGGAUGGCUUUUCAAUAACGCAACCACAUACCCAUUUUGUCGAGAUUAUCUGCUGACUAAAAGUUCUCGUCUUCUGUUCGAAACUACUCUGGCUAUUCUUAGACUGACUGCAAGUCAAAUUUAUCCACUUUCAACCAAAACGUGCAGAAUUCUGCAUUACCUCUCCCUUCUUGAACCUACCCAUCCAUAUCAGAUGUAUCUUGAUGAAGUCUUAUUUGACAAAGCAACAGAUUCAAUACUGCAAGAUAAUGAGGGGUGCCUAUCUGAUAUUUCCACAUUUAUUCAUCAAACUUAUUCUUGCGAAGAGAGUUCCCGUCUAGAUAGGCUUAAACUGUCAAAAAUGUUUAGUCGGCAUUUAUUCCAUGAUCUUCAUAUGGUGAAAAGGAAUAAAACCAGAAAUAUCAUUCGAUUUAUCAUGCGAUCAAUGAUGUUCAUUGUACGACGUUAUAUCUUCCAAGUCUCUGCCCGAAUUCGUGCGGCAAGAGGUGAAAGUUGGAAAGUGAAUCAUGUCACAAUGCAUCCACAUAUUAAUGAGUUUGCUAUCUCAACAAUCGCUAAUCAGCUGGGGCCAAUUAUUUUCCGUUUUCCAAAAUUUGUUACUCAAACUCGGGAAAUGGCAGUUCGGGCAAUGGUUAAUAUUCUUUGUUCAAACACUGAACGACUGUGGAUACCCGGCCAGACGUUUUCUAAGGUUAACAUUGAAACCACUGUCGUGAAAUGUCACUCAGGCUGUAUUUGUCUUAAUGGUGCUUGA